AUGAAUAACAGAGGGCGCCGUCGCCAUCGGGAGUCCGUCGAAAUGCACGGCUCCGGCUUUCGAGGGCAAAGGGGGGGGAAGAACGACCCAAGGGUACCGGUCAUGAAUCUUCGCAACCGCACCAAGCCAUCGGAAGAGCCGCGCUCUAACGCCGGAGCAGAGAAUGGCAGAAAUAAUGUCUCCGGUCCACACUCUCCUCUUCCGGAUGCUUCGAUGGUGAGCCGCAUCCCUGCGCCGGCGCCGUCUCCUGGCAAAGACUUUUGCAAACGGCUGCUAGCAAACGAACAGGAGACAAGCUUCUUUGGAGAGGCCAGCCACGGCCGCACGGCCCAUAGGGCAUCGGGCGCUUGGGAGCAAGCUGUGCCUGUCUUGCUUCAUUUGUGGGCUAGCACGUCGCACCAAAACGGAUCGUCAAUACUUUCAGCGAUGAAACCUGAAGAGUGCCUUUCCAUGUUGAGUGGCUGUCAAUCGAGCGCGGCAGACGUCGUGACGAAUGAUGGUGUUCCCGCGCAUGGGGCGGGCGGGACCCUGCACCGAGGUCCAGCGGGGUCUCCAUUUCUUCCUGGUGCAGACGUUGAAAAAGCUGGAGGCGAAGAAGGUGGAUGUGCGUCCCUCGCCUACUCCGCCUCGCCUCACAUGUGGGACUUCCUAGAACGUCCGAAUGCGAUCUACAGGCAAGCCAACGGCGGCCGAGGAGACGGCUUUACCACAGAAGGCCAAUGUGGCGAUGCUCUGGUUGGUGCACACGUUGCAGACGCAGCUUCCUCCGCCCGUACGAUGGAGUCCCCAUCAGGGUCAUCAUCUCUGCUCAUGGCAGCGCUACAAGAUCACAUGCACCCGAUCCAGGCAACUGAGGAUCGGCUCAGUGUGAGAGGCUCCUCAGUCUCCGGCAGCAGGCAACCCUCGCUGAAGGCGUCUCCGCCGUUUCAGGGCAUCCCUGAGCAUUUACUCGGCUAUGGUGGCGCUACUGCAUCAUCAGCCCUGAGACUGGUCAGCGGCGGUGAGAGCGGCGCCGCCCUCUCAACGGCACCCGAGUCUCUCUGUGUGUCUUCAUCUCCGCAGCAGAUUCCCUGGCGCACCGUCGCCUCGAACGAAGGCAGCGGUCUCAGUGUCGGCUGUGGCGACAGCUACUGUAAGUCUGCAUUAUUUCCAGUGCCGGUGCCAUUCGUUACACGAAUGGAGUCGUGUAUGCACCCGUGGCACCCCGCUCAACGAAACGACCGCCUCGCCGAACCCCAGAACGGGGUGCAGGCUAUGCGAUCCAAUGCGGAGACCGAUCGCGUCGCGGCGGGAGAACGCUUGAUUUUCAGCUCACUGCAGGCUUCUCAACAUUUUGAAGCAAAGCAGAGGGCUUUCUCGCCGUCCUCUCUGGGGACUCAGGGAUUCCCAGUUUCACCUGAGGAAACAGCUCUCCCGAGGGGGAAGCGCUCGCCACCCGGGAUGAACGGAAGCAUCUCUUGGACGGGCUCCGCUCCAGCGCCGACAGCGGUCGCGGCAAUGUGGCGAGCAGCAGCGGAUGCCGAAUCGCGGCGGUCCGAGGCAGAGACGCUGCCGCAGCAUCCGUGCAAAUAUCCCAGCGUAGAGCAAUGUGGAGCGCCUCCAGGAAAUUUGCUUGACAGCCUGAGUCACGAAGCGGCCGGGAGCGUACGCUUUUCGUCGUUGGAAGGUGCGCGUUCGGUGGAGGGUCGCCUGCGGGCAGCAGGCGCCGCUUGGUUUUCCGGAAACUCGUCGCGACCGGAUUGUCAGGCGACGGGACCUGGCACCGGCGAAACACUGGGGUGCUCCUUGCAGAGACAGAGGGACGGCGGGAACCGAAGGAAUUGUGUCGGCGGCUCAGACUCGCUGGAACUCGGGGCGGGUGAAGCCCCGUGCCUCCACAUCAUGCCAACCGCCCAUGCGACCAACAGCGAAGCAGCAGACGCGCUGACGUCUCUUUUUUCUACUCUAAAGGUGGAGCGGCCGCAAGGUGCAGAGACUCGAAGGAGCGACUGCACCGGCAACCAUGGGAGAGCUUUUCCGCAAGCAGGAAGCGGGGACGCUCCGUCUCCGACGACACUGUCUCGCUGUCCGCGCGUGCAGCCUCGAGUGCACCGGCGUCUUCCGCGUUGCACCCGCAGCCCGCGUGAAGACGUUUCAAUCCCGAGCAGCUCACGACAUUCCGAAUCAGAGGAUUCUGCGAACGCCGCUGCGACGGGCAAGGGCGGCAGGCGUCAAUACGUCGGGUUGGACACGCGGUGGGAGGCGAGGGUAGGCGGCGGUAACGAGUCGAAACCGGGUGCGGCGGAGCCAAGCAAGAUCCCACGGAAGGAAACUUCGCUUGACGAGGAGGAGUUUGGCGCAACGGGUUCCACAGAAGCCGGGCUCAACAGGCGACAAAAUGGUGCAGCCCUGACUGCUCUUAACGGCGCCUCUUCAGACGCUGACAAUCGCCGUGCCUCCGAGAGCGGCACGAUUCGUGCUCAGAGGGGUGGCGGGUCGCCGCCAGUCCAGUCAGGCGUCUCUCGCCCAUCCGUGAAGUCAGCCGAAGGAGGAAAUGCAUCUGCGCGGGACGCGACUGGCGCUUGCGCGGUCCGACAGGCAGGCGUUCCUCUACCCCGGAAAAACAGCUCUGGAGGACAGUUGGGGGAUCGCUUCUCGCGAGAUGGGAAUUGCAUCAACUGCGAAACAUCCGACCGAGCGAAAUGUGUCGCCCCGUUCGGUACGCUCUGUGGUACACUCGACGCACAGGGCACCAACGAGAUAUUCUCCCAUGCUGCGGUAUCAGCAGCAAAUGGUUUUAACGCCGCCAGCUGGGUGGCUCCUGAGCUUGCCAGUCUGUUGCCGUUGACACGUGCCACUUUAUCGCGCCUGCAAGGGUCACACUGCAGCGGCCAGCAGAGUCAGUGCUCAACUCAGCGAGAGAAAGACGGCGGCGGCGGGGGUUCCAGAGCGUGUAAGCAGUCAGCGGUCGAUGAAGGGGCGGCACAGGACGAGGCGGCUGACGGAGUGCGGCUGGCAGCCGGCAAGAGUGACGCGGUUGAAGGCCAGUGCCGACAAGACAGCAAGCGCCUCGCGCUUCAGUCGUCGCCGGGUUGUGUGGAGGUGGCGCCCAUCCGACCGCGACAAGAACACAGCAAACCGGGCCGACCGCGCAAAGAUGAUAUGUGGAGAUGGGGCGACGGCGACGCAGAAGAGAUUCACGGCGAGCCAGCUGUGUCGGAGGCAAACCUGGACGCGGGAGCGCGCGCGGAGGUGACCUCAGGACUCCGACAGCCGUGUCUGUUCUUGACAGAAGAGCGGCGCGGGUCCACAGGGGACAGCGGCUCGGCCUCGGACAUAGGUGCACCUGAGCCCGUUAGGACUCCCGCAAAGAAUCUGGGCAGUGUGCACCAUCCGAAGGACUGUCGUCCGUGCGCCUUCGUAUGGGGGAAAGGAUGCCACAACGGGUGGGCGUGCAAGUUCUGCCAUGAAGAGCACGGGCCCCGCAAGAAGAAACCAAUGAAGGACCAGAAGAAUCUUAUGAUUAUUGCCAGACCAGAUGGAAAGCUUGAGUUUAUUCGAUGCAGCCUCAAAGAGGCUUUGAAAGCCUGCAGCUGA